AUGCCUCCGGCCCGAGGUCUUCGUACACGAGGUACAAUGAACGAAAAUGACGAGAACGGGCCGUCGACGCGUCUGACACGAGCAAAGGCCGCUGCUCUGUCAGCAGGAGAUGUUCCAACAACCACCGCGGCUGCUAAAAAACCUCUUCAGACCAAAAAGGCCGCCACCAACUCGACGACCACGGGAACACAAAGAAGACGCGCUGCCCUUGGAGAUGUCAGCAAUGUUACAAAAACGGAAGAUGGCGAGGCCAAGGAAACGAAGAAAUCAGCGUCUGGCAAGGUCGGCUUGACGUCGAAAGCUACCAUGCAGACUGGUGGUGUUCAGAAGCUGAGCAAGAACAACUCAUCACGUACGGCCUUGGGCGCCAAAGAUAACAACGCGAAGAAGCCUGCGGUUGAGGGAAAGCGUCCUGGAAGUGGUUCUGGUACCGGCAGCACACAAAUGAAACGGACGUCCAGCCAGAAAUCGGUGCAGGGGAAAACCCUGCAGACCGACGAACCGCCGCGCAAGAAGGUCGAAGUCGAGAAGAAGGUCAACGAGAGAAAGACAGCCAUGGAGAAAGUUUCCACAGUGAAAGAAGAUCCUGUGAUUGCCGCUGAGCCUGAAGUCGCCAAGAAGCCUGAGGACGCAGUCGACGACUUGGACACUGAAGAUUUGGACGAUCCUCUGAUGGCCGCUGAAUAUGUGGUGGAGAUCUUUGACUACUUGAGAGACCUGGAGUUGGAGACAUUACCCAACCCUCACUACAUUGAUCACCAACCAGACCUUGAGUGGAAGAUGCGUGGCAUUCUUGUCGACUGGCUGAUUGAAGUUCACACACGCUUCCGUCUCCUCCCCGAGACGCUUUUCCUCGCUGUGAACAUCAUCGACCGUUUCCUUUCUGCUGAAGUCGUCGCACUUGAUCGCCUUCAAUUGGUCGGGGUUGCCGCCAUGUUCAUUGCUUCCAAGUAUGAGGAAGUUCUUUCACCCCAUGUGGCCAACUUCAGUCACGUCGCAGACGAGACAUUCACAGACAAGGAGAUUCUCGAUGCCGAACGCCACAUCCUAGCCACUCUCGAGUACAACAUGAGCUAUCCUAACCCCAUGAACUUCCUCCGUCGUAUUUCGAAGGCAGACAAUUAUGACAUCCAGACUCGUACCCUCGGCAAGUACCUCAUGGAAAUUAGCCUUUUGGACCAUCGUUUCAUGUGCUAUCCUCAAAGUCACGUCGCCGCAGCCGCGAUGUAUCUCGCUCGGUUGAUCCUGGAACGUGGGGCUUGGGAUGCCACCCUAGCGCACUAUGCUGGCUAUACCGAGGAAGAGAUCGACCCUGUUUUCCGAUUGAUGAUCGACUACCUUCACCGUCCUGUAUGUCACGAAGCGUUCUUCAAGAAAUAUGCAAGCAAAAAGUUCCUCAAGGCCUCCAUCCUUACCCGGCAGUGGGCCAAGAAAUACCAUCACAUGUACAUUGAUAGCGCACUCACGGAACCGUACAACUUCAUCAAAGAAAGUGAAUAG